CGUCAGCUGCCAUUCGUCAAUAUACCCGCUCGGGAGCAGGAAACAUCUCCUGGUCCUUAACACGCCGGUGUAUUUGUCGUGUUCUGUCAAUCCUCUGAGGAAUAACUGUGAUACCUUCACGUCAAUUCCUCAUUCACCUCUUUAAUCUUGCUGAAGUUUGUGUUGUGCUUUUAAAGUGCAGUGAAAGUGUUUUCAGUGAGUGUAGUGAGGUGCAUAACAGCCAUGUGGCUGCCUUCAGCUCUACUAUUCGGGCUCUUUGCCUUUGGUUGGUGUGAUGAUACAACUGUCGGACCCAUGUUUAUCAAGGAACCACCGAAUCGUGUGGAUUUUUCGAACACAACAGGAACAGUCAUCGAAUGCUCUGCCCGAGGUAAUCCGACUCCGGACAUUAUUUGGAUUCGAUCUGAUGGAACUGCGGUUGGCGAUGUCCCUGGAUUGCGACAGGUUCUUGGCAACGGAAAUCUUGUAUUUCCACCGUUCAGGGCCGAGGAUUAUAGACAGGAGGUUCAUGCCCAAGUUUACAUUUGCUUGGCAAAAAACUCAGUCGGAUCCAUUCAUUCCAGAGACGUUAACGUGAGAGCAGUUGUUAAUCAGGAGUACACGACCGAGGCCGAAAACGAAUACGUGAUCCGUGGAAAUAGCGCUGUGAUGAAAUGUAAAAUUCCGAGUUUUGUCGCCGAUUUCGUCCAAGUAGUUUCUUGGGUGUCCUCUGACUGCUCUGAACUUUCCCAGAGGUCUACAACCGAUUACGACGGAAAAUAUUUAGUGUUGCCUUCUGGUGAGUUGCACAUUAAAGAUGUUGGCCCUGAGGAUGGUCACAAGUCUUAUCAAUGCCGAACAAAGCACAGGCUAACUGGAGAAACUAGAUUAAGUGCAACAAAAGGGAGGCUUGUUAUAACUGAACCAGUGAGUAGUGCAGGCCCAAGAGUUAUGUCAACUGCCAAAUUUGAUGUCCUCAAUAAAGCUUUGGGUGCUUUUAUUUCUCUACUAUGCCAAGCACAGGGACACCCUGUUCCAAACUUUAGGUGGUACAAGUUUGUCGAAGGAACAUCAAGAAAACAGGCAGUCGUUAUGAGUGACAGGAUUAAACAAGUUUCUGGCACUCUUAUAAUCAGAGAAGCUAAAGUAGAAGAUUCUGGAAAAUAUCUAUGCGUAGUGAACAAUUCAGUCGGAGGAGAAAGUGUGGAAACCGUUCUUACCGUAACAGCCCCUCUUGUUGCUGGUGUUGAGCCUUCUGUACAGACAGUAGAUUUUGGACGGCCAGCCCUCUUGACAUGCAACUACGAAGGAAAUCCUGUGAAAACUAUUUCUUGGCUUAAAGAUGGCAAAAUACUACAAGGUCACAAUGGACCAGUACUUAAGAUUGAAUCAGUGAGGAAAGAAGACAAGGGAAUGUAUCAAUGUUUUGUUAGAAAUGAACAAGAAAGUGCUCAAUCAAGUGCGGAAUUAAAGUUGGGAAGUAGAUUCGAGCCUCCAUUGAUUACAGAAGGAUUUGCAAGUAAAACUCUAGAAGCUGGGCCAUCUGUUUAUUUUAAAUGUGUUGGUAAAGGUAACCCUAUACCUGAAAUCUCCUGGUAUCUAGAUGGAAAGAAACUCACAAGUGCAGAUAGAAUUCAAGUUGGACAACAUAUUACAUCGAACACAAAUGUCGUCUCGUACCUGAAUAUUACAAGUGUCCAUACUAACGAUGGUGGUCUCUACAAAUGUGUAGCUUCUUCAAUAGUCGGCACAGUUGAACAUGCUGAACGUUUAAAUGUUUACGGUCUUCCAUUUGUACGCCCUAUGGAAAAGAAAGCGAUAGUGGCUGGAGAAACUCUAAUUGUAACUUGUCCUGUAGCUGGAUUUCCAAUAGAACAGAUUCAGUGGGAGAGAGAUGGCCGAGUGCUGCCUAUUAAUAGAAAACAAAAAGUGUUUGCAAAUGGGACUCUUAUUAUUGAAAAUGUUGAGCGGUUGUCAGACCAAGCAACUUACACGUGUGUAGCCAAGAAUUCUCAAGGUUACAGUUCCCGUGGAACUUUGGAAGUACAAGUCAUGGUGCCUCCUAAGAUCCUAGCAUUUGAUUUUGGCGAUGAACCAUUCGCUGAAGGAGAUGGCGUGUCCAUUCAAUGCAUGGUCUCCACUGGAGACCUGCCAAUCAACAUAACAUGGUGGUUUAACGACAUGCCCUUGAAUUAUGACGAUGUGUCUAUUGGACCAAUGGGUAGAAGAGGGAGUUCGCUAAGUAUAGAUCAAGUAUCGUGGAAACAUGUUGGAAAUUAUACUUGCAUCGCGUCAAAUAAAGCAGGGCUUUCAACACAUUCAGCCGAACUAUUUGUCAAUGUUCCUCCUCGUUGGAUAAUUGAACCAACCGAUAAAGCAUUUGCUCAAGGCAGUGAUGCUAAGGUUGAAUGUAAGGCUGAUGGCUUUCCAAAACCAUCUGUUACUUGGAAGAGAGCCUCAGGUGACUCCCCUGGAGAUUAUAAAGAUCUUAAACCUAAUAAUCCCGAUGUAAAAGUGGACGAUGGUACUCUUUACAUUCAUAACAUUCAGAAAACAAAUGAGGGUUAUUAUUUAUGCGAAGCUGUUAAUGGUAUUGGAUCUGGUUUAUCUGCUGUCAUCAUGAUUAGCGUUCAAGCUCCACCACAGUUUGAAACUAAAAUGAAGAACCAAACUGCAAGGAUCGAUGAAUCGACUGUUUUACAAUGUGAAGCCAAAGGAGAAAAACCAAUUGGAAUUUUGUGGAAUAUGAACAACAAAAGGCUUGAUCCCAAGAGUGAUAUCAGGUAUACAAUCCGAGAAGAAAUUCUUCCUCACGGUGUCGUAUCUGACCUUAGCAUUAGGACUACUGGAAGAGAAGAUUCAGCUCUUUUUACUUGCGUUGCUACAAACUCUUUUGGAAGUGAUGACACUAGCAUCAAUCUUAUUGUUCAAGAAAUACCUGAAGCACCUCAUGCUCUAAAAGUACUCGAUAAAUCAGGGCGUACUGUCCAAUUAGCUUGGGCUGCACCUUAUGAUGGCAACUCACCUAUCACUCGUUAUGUGAUUGAAUAUAAAGUAUCAAAAGGUACAUGGGAUGCAGAUGUUGUCCGUGUAGACGUUCCUGGACAACAAACAACAUCAGGAGUCUUCAGUUUAAACCCUGCUACUACAUACCAUAUGCGAGUUGUUGCUGAAAAUGAAGUAGGAACAUCAGAACAUUCCGAACCUGUGACUAUCAUUACUGCUGAAGAAGCACCCAGUGGUUCUCCGACAAAUAUUAAAGUGGAAGCAGUAGAUCAAGUAACUCUUAAAGUAACAUGGAGCCCACCAGAAAGAGAUUCCUGGAAUGGAGAAAUUCAGGGUUAUUAUGUUGGUUACAAACUCUCUGAUUCUGACAAACCGUACCUAUUUGAGACAGUUGAAUUCAGCAAAGAAGAAGGAAAGCAACACCAUCUUAUGAUUUCUAAUCUGAAGACUUACACACAAUAUUCAGUCGUUGUACAAGCUUUUAAUAAACUUGGAGCAGGUCCAAUGAGUGAAGAAACCAAACAAUAUACUGCUGAAGGUAUUCCAGACGAACCCCCGCAUGAAGUCACUUGCACAACAUUGACAUCUCAAACUAUUAGAAUCUCAUGGGUAUCACCUGCACCAGAAACAGCCAAUGGAAUUAUUAAAGGGUACAAAGUAAUUUAUGGGCCUAGUGAUACUUGGUAUGAUGAAAAGUCAAAAGAUUCUAAGAUUACAGCAUCCAGUGAAACAAUUAUUCAUGGAUUGAAGAAAUACACAAAUUAUAGUAUGCAGGUUUUGGCCUUCACAUCAGGAGGAGAUGGUGUUAAGAGUACCCCUAUUCAUUGUCAAACAGAACAAGAUGUCCCUGAUUCUCCAACGGCCGUCAAAGCUUUAGCAAUGUCUGAUGAGUCUAUUCUCAUUUCCUGGAAACCUCCGUCACAACCAAAUGGAAUAAUUUCUCAAUAUACUGUGUAUUUCAAGGAAGAUCCUGAUAGUGGAAAUGCUGUACCUAAAAGUCAAAAAAUGCCAGCAUUCCAAAUGACAUAUGAAGCUUCUGGACUGAACAAAGAUGGAAAAUACGAAUUUUGGGUCACCGCUUCUACCAACAUCGGCGAAGGGCAGCCUUCAAAGUCAGUUAUAUUGUCUCCAAGCGUUAAAGUACCAGCAAGAAUUGCCUCAUUUGAUGGAAAAUUUACCGCGACUUACAAGGAAGACGUUAAAUUGCCCUGCCUUGCUGUUGGAAAGCCUACUCCUGAUAUCAAAUGGAAAGUGAAGGGGAUCAGUUUUGAGACUAAUGACAGAAUGCAACAACUGCCAGAAGGUUCACUCUUGAUCAAAUCUGUAACAAGGGCUGAUGCAGGUGAAUAUUCAUGCACUGUGGAAAACAACUUCGGUCAGGAUUCUGUUACUCAUCAUCUAAUCAUCCUUGCUCCUCCUCAUAUGCCUCAAGUUACUUUACAAUCGACUACAACUAAUUCAAUCACAAUGAAGAUCAAGCCUAAUGCUGCCGACACUGAGCCUAUUCAUGGAUAUACAGUUAAGUACAAACCAGAAUUUGGAGAUUGGGAAACCAUGCAGCUUUUACCUACAAUCCAUAAAUUUACUCUUGAAAAUCUCUGGUGUGGAUCAAGAUAUAUGGUUUCUGUGACUGCUUACAACAGCAUUGGCACCGGUGAUGAAUCUGACAUUUUGAACACAAGAACUAAAGGGUCAAAGCCCAUAAUACCAGAAGCAAGCCGGUUUAUUGAAGUUUCUACUAACAGCAUCACUUUACAUCUGAGCACAUGGUCUGAUGGUGGCUGCCCCAUGUUGUACUUUGUUGUUGAACAUAAGAAGAAGAUGUCCACAGAAUGGAAUCAGGUAUCGAAUAAUGUUAAACCAGGAGGAAAUUUCGUCGUUUUAGAUUUGGACCCUGCUUCGUGGUAUAACUUGAGAGUCACAGCUCACAAUAAUGCUGGUUUUGCUGUUGCUGAAUAUGAAUUCGCUACUUUAACAAUUACCGGAGGAACUGUCUCACCACCAAAGAGAGGCGUGCAGGAUGUACACCAUUACUUCCCGUGGAUACCAAAGUGGAUCGACUUGAACGUAGUAGUACCAGCAGGGGCAACCAUUAUUGUAAUUUUUGUAGGAAUUAUUGUUAUUUGUGUCGCCCUUGCUAGACGUUCUCGUGGGCCUCCAUCUACUAGGCUCAGAGAUGAUAUUGUAUACAAUCAGUCCAUGGUUGGCGGAAAUACAAUUGACAAAAGAUGUCCUGAUUUGCAUGAUGAACUUGGCUAUAUACCACCACCAAACCGAAAGCUGCCACCCGUUCCUGGAUCUAAUUAUAACACAUGUGAAAGGAUUAAGCGAGGUACAGGCAUAAGAAGAGCAGGUCUGUGCAGUGGUCAUUCAACAUGGGAUCCUAGGAGACAUAUGUAUGAAGAAUUAGCCUCACAUACUCCAUGUAGGGGCAGAUUGCCAAGGUGCCCUGGAUCGGAUGAAACAAUGUACCAUAGAGCAGGUAUGGAUGAUGACAUAUGCCCGUAUGCUACAUUCCAUCUCCUUGGCUUCCGGGAAGAAAUGGACCCCUCAAAGGCAAUGCAGUUUCAAACUUUCCCUCAUCAAAAUGGCCACUGUGGCACUCUAGGACCUGGAGGAGUUGGAACUAACGUACAUCACCGAUCAGGAUCUCAGUCUAUGCCACGAAAUGGAAGAUAUUCAAGGGUUGGUCCGAAUUCAACUUUCUCCCCAGAAUAUGAUGAUCCAGCAAACUGUACAGAAGACGAUCCCUAUGGUUCCCAGUAUACACCUUAUGGAGCACCUUACGAUCACUACAGUAGCAGAAACUCUCUUGGAAGGAGGAGCGUUGGAUCAGCUCGUAAUUUAACAUUGGCAGGGAGUCCUGAGCCUCCACCACCACCUCCAAGGAACCACGAUGCCAACUCUUCUGCUAAUGAUAGCAAAGAAAGUAAUGAAAUGUCUGAGGCUGAAUGUGAUAGGGAUAUGGCAAACAGAAACUACCAAGUGUCAACGCGCAACAACUCCAAGGAUGGCAUGACCACCGAGGAAAUGCGCAAACUGAUAGAAAGAAACGAAGGAGGGCCCCAACAAUUCCAAAACGGAGGGCUCACAGCAUACGAUACUGUGGCAGUGUAACCUCUAGUCUUCUGUGCCAUAGUCGAGGAACAACAAAAAUCAAGUUGGUUUUUCCUGCAUCAAUUCAUUUUAUCUACGGUGCUAAAACACGACUCCAAACCUUUUCUUUUUGCAUCUUAAGAAAAUAGUAAUUUCCAAUUGUUGCGCAUAAAACAACAUUACUUUUCUGGUCAUAAUGAUUUUUCAUAAUAUUAUAAAUAUUCAAUGUUGAUGUUAUUUAAUGAUAUUAUUG